GUGUUUUUUUAAUUUAAGUAUUUUGUUUGUUGAAACUGUCUACUUACUUAUCUUAUGAGAAUCUCACACAUCACAUCGCAUACUCGAGCUGCGCAUCUUUCUUUCACAGCAGCGCAUCUUGAUAGGACAUCUUACUCGCACCGCUACAUAACUUAGUAUCAGUAGAAACGUCACAAAAUUUCAAAGCUUGGCUAUUACAUCUUCAACGCAUAGCUACAUAGUACAUCCCUGAUGGAAAAGCACUCUAAUACGAGUAUGUAAAACAACAGAUUACACAAACAUAUUUACUAACCAUAAAUAUUGUCCACACACGACAGUACACUGAAUUGAGCUGACAGGCGAACACACGUGCAACCAUGUAUUAAAUAACGCUAUUGUCACGCUUUUACUUGUACGAGUUUUUUAACAAUAAUAUUCAUACGUAAAUGAGUUCAAAAUAUUAACUAUUUUUGGAUAAACUUGUAUAACCUUUAAAAAUGCAAAGAAUUAAACAAUCUACCAAAGACUUAAUUCACAAAAUAGCUAAAGAACAGAUGUUUGUCGACUACCAUUUAGACAUCAAGGAAAUAUCGAGUGGAGGAGCAAACUACACAUCCAAGUUGUUUGCAGUCAGCAUCACGGAGGGUUCUAAUACACUGCGGCUGUUCUGCAAGGUGGCAGCUAUGGGUGAGAAGAUGCGAACUCAAGUAUCAAAAAUAUACGAAACAGAACAUUUCUUCUACACAAAACUUGGAAAAAUAUACCGAAACAUCGAAGACCAGUGUGGAAUACCGGACGGACUUAAGUUAAAUGUGAGCAAGUACUACGGAAGCAUUACUGAGCUGAACGAAGAAGCGAUGGUGCUGCAGGACCUGGUGGCGGCCGGGUACGAGGCAUACGACAGGUUCAAGUCGAUAGACUGGCCGUACGCGCAGGCGGCGACGCGGGAACUGGCCAAGUUGCACGCAUGUGCCUGGGCAUACGGUAAACAGGACCCGGAAGGGUUUGACGAAGUUAUGAAAAUGUUGACAACCGAUGUUGACGUAGACGACACUGACAUGAACACGUAUAUUAUCAAAAUUAUAGAAAAAGCUAUAAAAACUGUUCGAGAUGAACACAGAAGUAAAUUACAGAAAUAUUUCGAAACUUUCGACGUGGACACAUAUACAGCAGUUCAGAAAAGGAGCCGACGCCUGGUGCUGAACCACGGAGACUUCAGACCCAGUAACUUGAUGCACAGGACUCUAGACGACGGUUCAGUGGAUAUUAAAAUCGUAGACCUUCAGACCCUGCAGUGCGGCAGCCCUGCCAAUGAUCUAUUAUUCUUCAUCUUCACUGGCUCCGAUGAGAAGUUCCGCGCGCAGUACUUCGACAAACUCCUGGACCACUACUAUACAGAACUCAGCGCUGCCAUGAAGAGGCUGCAGCUCAACCCUAACGAGAUCUUCUCUAGAGAAGACUUCGACUUCGAAAUCAAAGAGAAACUACCCUACGCUUUGUCCCGGGCGGUGUUCACCCUGCCGAUCGUGACAGUAGAGGUUGAGGACGCCCCCCAAGUCGAUGAGUCUUUUGAUAUCUCCAAGUUCAACGUGGAGAAGACCAGCGACCUGUACGCGGAGAGACUGAACGGAGUCGUCAACGACUACGUCAAGUGGGCGAUUCUUACAUAAAUCUGUACACAUGGACAAAAUUGCCAUGUGUCAUAGGGGCAAACAUAGAAGUAUUAUAAGUUUAACAUGUCUAUUUAUUUAUACAUACGAAUGAAAUGAUUUUAGUCUCGAGGCAACUUUCAGCUGACACAGCAGUAUCAUUAGGGAUUAGGAAUCCACCUCGCUUACGUUGAUUGUGAUUACUCACACUGAUUACUCGUCUUUCCCAAAAUUGUGUACUUAGCCUUGAAUACUUAUCAUAAGGUUAAUUUUAAAACAUAACAACAAGCUUGAUGUUUAUGAGCACGUGUUGUUAGUGUAUUGAAAUUAAUUAACGUAAUAUUAUCAAUAUUUUUUCUAUUUAAAAUAAACUGUACAAAGUUUGUUACGAAUAAAAACUUGUAAUAUA